AUGUAGGUAUUCUAUGAAAAAUUUUAAAAAUAGUCUAGAUAAAAACAGUUGUUUUUAAAUUUUUCUAUUAGUGUUUUUUUUUGUAUUUUUUUGUAAACGUGAUUUUUAUUUCAUAAUAAUGCAAAGCACUAAAAGCGCGAUAACUUCCUUCAUACGUUUUCUAUUUUUCAAAAAUUUGUCAAAAAAUCCAAAAAUGAACUUUGGUAUUAAAAAUGUUGCAUCGCUUUCCAUCUAGCUUGGUUUCGUUUAAAUAGGAGAGUAUUCAUUUGAAAAGUUCCUUUGUUGGGCCCUAGUCUCAAAUUCUCGAUGAGCUGGAAAAAUUCAUUUGAAUUGCAUUGUUACCUUAAAACUCAAGAAAUUUGGGGAAAACAAUUUUUUGUAGUCCAAUCACUCCUAUUAAUCAAAAUUGAGGACGACAGCAGCCCAUCUUGUAAAUUUUGGAAGCUCGACUGCUUGAUCCUAGUUUCAAAAAGAAGUGGAUGAAUUAGAUGAUGAUCACUCUAAUAGGAUAAAUAAUUAGGUAGGUAGGUAGUAGGCCCAAUGACCCAUCUUAAGAUUUUGAGCUUCAUUUUCACACAGAAUUAUUUAUUACGUUCUCGAGAGUCGAUACCAUCUAACCGAUUGUGGAAUAAAUCAUAUUAUGCUUCCUACAUUAAAUUCAAGUUCCUGUUGAAGUACCUUAUCAGUUAUAAAGAUUUGUUUCCUUAUCGCGGUUGCAGUUGUAUGAUGUUAGCGCCCUGAUUUUGUUAAUCCAUCUAAGUAUUUUCUUAUCCAGUCGGUAGACAUAGGGGUCUUUCCUAUCGGUCUUCACUAUAGUCGAUGUGCUGAGUAAAUGGUUUUUUUUUUUUUUUUUUACCACCAUGCCGUGUUCGUGUUUCUUUGAAAAGAUAACACAAAUGUUAAAAAAUCGAUUUCUAUUGUGCUACAAAGUUGAAUUAACGAUAAAUAAGUAAUAUCAAUAUACAAUACGUGAAGAAAAAUUUGAUAUUUUGUUUUUGAUUUAGAAAACACAGCAACUUAAAAAGAGCUUACCUAGCCUGAUAUAACAUAAGCAGCGACAGAAGUUAUUAUGCAAUUACGCAGUAUCAUUUUUUGAAAAGAAUAUGCAUCAUUUUCACGUCAGCAUAUUAUUAUAUGUACUUAAUAGAAAUUUGGAGCAUUUCUCAUGAUGAAAUCUAAUGCUUAGUUGUAUAACUCCAGUUCGUCAGUUCAUUUCACUCGUAUUUCUUUGCGUGAGUUUAUUUUAUGUGAUCUUAAUGUGGUUUGAUAUGUAAUUGAAAACAUUGUGCCUACCUAACCUUUUAUUUACCUAUCUACCUACCUUUAUUUCUACACAUUUCUUGAAAUGGAUACACCAGCUCAUCCCAUAUCAAUAUUCGAUGAAGAUGCGGUUUCCGAAAAACUGAGACAGAUUCCGGAAGAGAUAAAAAAUCGUAAUGUUGUAAUUAUUUCAAUAGCAGGUGCCUUCCGUUUGGGCAAAUCAUUCAUCUUGAAUUUUCUCAUUCGAUACAUGAAAUAUUUGUGCACUCCUGAAGAUGAAAAACCGAGUAGUACUUGGUUGGGAGAUGACGAAAGUCCGUUGAAAGGGUUCUCGUGGAGACCUGGAUCAGAAAGGGAUACGAUUGGAAUUUUAAUGUGGAGUGAAAUAUUCCCAAUGACGUUACCAAAUGGAGAGGAAGUGGCAGUAAUUUUUCUAGAUACGCAAGGAACGUUUGAUAACGAUACUACGGUUAAUGAAUGCGCAAAAAUAUUCGCUUUGAGUACAAUGUUGUGCUCAGUGCAAGUGUAUAACCUGUCUAAAAAAAUCAAAGAAGAUGACCUACAAUAUUUACAGCUAUUUGCCGAAUAUGGACGUUUAGCAGCAGAAAGCACCGCCAAUAAAACGCUUCAGAAUAAGCUACAAUUUCUCGUAAGAGAUUGGAGCCACCCAUAUGACUUCGAGUAUGGAUCGGCGGGGGGCCAAAAAUACGUCGAUAAAAUAUUAAAAACCUCGGGCAAACCACCGGGACUAGUAUCGUUGAGAAACAAUAUUAAAUCUUCAUUCGACGACAUUAAAUGUUUCCUCAUGCCUUAUCCUGGAGUUCAGGUUGACACGAAUCCUGCAUUUAAUGGAAAGUUAUCAGACAUGGAAACCAACUUCAAAGACAGCUUAGAAGAUUUUGUUACGGAACUUUUAUCGCCACAAAAUAUGAUUUUGAAAGAAAUCAAUUCCGUAAAAAUCAACGUUAACCAAUGGUUUAUGUUCUUAAAACGGUACAUCAAUGAGUUCAGCCAUGAUUCUCUGCCUGAACCCAAAUCAUUAUUCGAAGCAACUGCAGACGCAAAUAACCUGGAAGCGGUGACUGCCAGUGUAGAAAUGUAUUACAAUUCGAUGAAACAAGCUUUCGAAUGUUCUGAACCGUUUUUAACCUCUGAAGAAUUUGAUAAUCAUCACAGAAAAUUCAAAGCGUUGGCAAUUGAGCAGUUUAGAGAAAAACGCAAAAUGGGAACUGAGGAAUUCUGCGAAUCGCAUAGACGCAAAUUGGAAGAAAACAUUCGUUCAAGAUCCGAGCAAUUAAAACUUUCAAAUCAAUAUAAAAAAGAAACAUGCAUGCUCAACAAUGCAGUAAAAGGGAAGGAGAUUUACAACGAGCUGACGUCGCUGUUAGAAAACACCAAACCGUAUUUAAGCGGUCGCCAGUUCAAAAACGAACAUGAAAGAUUUGAGAAAAAAGCCUUGGACUUUUUCGAUGCUCAAUGUGAAAACAACGUGGAUGAAUUAAGCAAAAGACACCGAAUGAAAUUGCAAGAGCAAAUUGACACUGAAAGGUUUCGAUUAAUGACUUUGAAUAAACAUAAAGCUAAAGCCCAUAACUAUUCGGCAAUGGUAGCAGCCAACAAAACCUACUACAAGGAGAUGCUCGACGUUAUAGAGAGUUCCGAAUCAUAUCGCACCUUCGAGCAAUUGAAGGAGGAGCAUAUAAAACAUAAGGCCGCUGCCUUGCAAGAAUUCAGUGAUAAAUGUGUUGAUGAUGAAGAUGAGUUGUCUAAAAAAUACAAGAAAGAUUUGCAGAAGGAGAUGGACGAUGCUUUUAAUGAUUUCAAAACAUUGAAUAAGAAUAAAAAGAUAUCGAAUAUCGCUGCUCGUAACAUCGAAUCAAAAUGUGAGAAUACCGAAGUCACUCCAUAUGAAAUGGAAAAAACGCAUUUGAAAUGCACUUCGCCAGCUAAAUAUGAGCCUCAUGAAACUCAAUUAAAUCAGAACAACAACAUGGAUAGUAAUUGGUUGAAAAUUUGCAAUCGCACACUUUCAUAUAGAAUAGAUGUUAGGAGACGUUUCCAGGACUUCAGUAUUUCCGACAGUGAAAUGGAUUGCAAUCAGUUGAAAACUUACAAUCGCCCACUUCAAAAUGGAAUGGACGUUAGGAGAUGUUUCCGUAAUGAUUUCGGUGUAUUGGACAACGAAAUGGAUCGUAAUUCGUUCCAAAUUCGCGAUCGCCCUUUUCAAAAUGGAAUGGAUGUUAGGAGACGUGUCCGUGACUUCGGCGUUUCCGUAUGUGCUGUCUUAAGUGAAACGUUUGUAGGAAGCCCCGUAGGCCCCUUAUUCAAUGCUAUGCGCGAUGGCUUUUUGGCCAACACUUCAGCGUUUGAUCGAUGCAUUGAUGAAUAGAUAUUUUCACUUGUCUUUAACAAUUAUUACUUAUUAGUUAUUGGUAUUGUUAUUUAGGAAGGAAGUGAAUAAAAGUACUUUCUCGCA